AUGCCUUUUCUUGACGUAAAUGGCAAGAAGCUGUUCUACGCUCGCGUAGACGCUGAGACAGAGUCAAAGAACUCUGGUCCAGUGCUGGUAUUUAUCCAUGGCCUGGGAUCGUCCCAUUCGUUUUAUAUACCUGUGAUGCACAGUCUUGCAGCCUCUGGAUAUAGCUCAGUUGCUUUGGAUGUCUAUGGAAGUGGCCAGUCUGAAUUAUCACCUGAGGCAGAAGCUCCCACAUUCGAAACUAUAGCUAGUGAUGUCGAAGAGUUACUGAAAGGGUUAAACAUUCCCUCUGGAAAUGUUGUUGCUGCUGGACACUCGAUGGGCGGUAUCAUUGUCCCAAUGCUGGCCUCGAAGUGCCGUCUGCGCGGAGCUGUUCUCAUAGGUCCUGUGCUACCUAAACCUGCUUUGGCGGAUAUCUUCAAUGCUCGUAUAGAGACAGUUAAGAAAGACGGAAUGGAGCCAAUGGCCAAAACCAUCCCUUUCGCUGCGACGGGUUCAAAAGCAACAUUGACUCAAAAAGCAUUCAUCAGAGCUCUCCUACUAUCUCAGAAGCCAGAUGGGUACAAUGCGUUAUGCCAGGCAAUUGCAAAGGCGGAACUACCUGCGUAUUCCAGCCUUGACUGCCCAUUGCUGGUCUUGGCUGGCGAGGAGGACAAAACAAGUCCUGUGCCUGAUGCACAGAAAAUUACAAACGAAUGGGGAUGUGAUAGCUCGGCAAAGAAUAUCCAUGUUUUGUCUGGAGUAGGACAUUGGCAUUGCAUCGAGGCACCAGAGGAGGUAGGAGCAAAGAUUGAGGAAUUUAUCUCCAAUUUGUCUUAG